AUGGCCUAUUUGGCAAAUGUGUCACAUGAAUCUGCACAUAUUCUUCGCUCAUCAAUUGCUUCUCUUGUUAUUAUAACUCGUUAUUCUCAUUAUCCUACUGUUAUAGCACGUUUUCUAAUGACAAAUGCAGUUGAUCAACUACUUGAACAUCAAUAUCAAAAUGUUAGUACACGUUUGAUAAUUGAUUAUCUUGGUUCAAUAGAAAACCUUAUUCAACUACUUGAUUAUUCAAAUUUAUUUGAUUUUGAUCAAUUAUUAAAUUUAACUCAAAUUGGAUGUUUAGAAGAAACUUGUGUUAAUCAAACAUUACAAACAGAUAUUCAAUUAGAUAUAUUAGCUGAAUUACUUUCUACAUUUCGAUUAUGUCUUGAUGAUAAUAAUGUACGUGUUAUAUAUGUUUCAUUAAAUGCUUUACGAACAUUAUUAACUUUUUUAUUAAUUAAUAUUCAUGUAUUUACAAUCAUAGGAAUUGAAUUAUUAGAAGAUUCUAUUCAAUAUAGUAUAAGUUCCUAUAUUCUUGGUAAAAUAGAUAAAAGAAAUUUAUGA